AUGGGGUCAAUUGGUAAAGAGCCAUGGAUUACUCCAAAGAGUGUAGCAGUGGUGCUUGCAUUUCUGAUGUUACCUUCUUUUUCUUCUUCCAAAACAGAAUCGGCACUCUUACUCGCCUCGUGCCCUUACUCCUCCAUCUUCAGCUUCGGUGAUUCCCUCGCUGACACCGGCAACCUGUAUCUGAGCUCCAAUCCACCACCCAACAACCACUGCUUCUUCCCUCCCUACGGCCAAACCUUCUUUCACCGUGUCACUGGACGCUGCUCUGAUGGUCGUCUCAUCAUCGAUUUCAUCACUGAGUAUCUAGGAAUUGGAUUGGUGAGACCGUAUUUGGGAAUGAAAAAUAUGGGUGGAUGGAGUGUGAAAGAAGGAGGAGUGAAUUUUGCCGUUGCGGGAGCCACCGCACUAGACUCAAGCUUCUUUGAAGAGAGGGGCAUUCCUGUUCAUACUAAUUAUACAUUGUCAGUUCAAUUGAAUUGGUUCAAGGAAUUCCUUUCUACUCUUUGCCAUUCUCCCCAAAGUUGCCAUAAAGAGGUUAAGAACUCAUUAUUUCUUGUGGGUGAAAUCGGUGGAAACGAUUUCAAUCAUGCUUUCUAUAUAAGAAAGAGUUUAGUAGAAAUUAAAACGUUCGUGCCGGACGUAAUCAAUGCAAUAUCUUCAACUAUCAAUGAGUUGAUUGGUCUAGGGGCACGCACGCUCGUGGUUCCUGGGAAUUUACCAAUUGGAUGUAGUGCAAUAUAUUUAACUGUCUAUGAAACCAAAUACGAGGAUGAACAUGACGAAUUUGGGUGUUUGAAGUGGCUAAAUGAGUUUGCUGAAUAUUACAACCAUGAGCUCCAAAUUGAAUUAGAUAAGCUUCGACUACUUCAUCCGCAUGCUAAUAUUAUCUAUCUUGAUUAUUACAAUGCUGCAAUGACUUUAUAUCGUCAUCCCACAAAGUUUGGUUUUACGGGUCUUGAAGUUUGUUGCGGAAUGGGAGGUCGAUACAAUUAUAAUACAUUACGAGUGUGUGGCAAUCAAAACGUGAGUGCUUGUGAUGAUCCUUGGAAGCAUAUUGGAUGGGAUGGUGUUCAUUUAACCGAGGCUGCAUAUACAUUCAUCGCUCAAGGUUUUCUAGAAGGACCAUAUUCCCUCCCUCAAUUUAGUACCUCGUGUGUUGUAUUUCAUGAAUGA